ACAGGGUUUACGGUACCAACAUGGCCACUUACUUGACAGUAAACAUGGACCUGUGCUCGCUUGUGCUUAUUUAAACGUUGCAAGGCGAUGACAUUUUGAUAUCUGAUAUAUCACAACUUUAAAAUGAAACUAUCGCGAGUCGCAUCUUUUUUACUACGGGGACCUCACGUUUAUCGGACAGCAGGUCCCGUGUCUUGCAGUGAGCGGAUCAGAUAUGGAGCUGUCCUCCUUAAAACCAACUACUCCGUGUCUGCAGUCAAAGACAGCACUGCACUUUUGUACAGAAACCACGGCGAGCCCUCACAAGUUGUCCAGUUGGAGUCAUUGGAUCUGCCCCAAAUGGGACCUGAAAAUGUCCUGGUGAAAUUGCUGGCGGCUCCCAUCAACCCCUCUGAUUUAAAUAUGAUUCAAGGCACAUAUGCCAUCCUGCCUGAGCUUCCAGCAGUGGGGGGUAAUGAGGGUGUGGGCCAGGUCAUGGAGGUGGGUGACAAGGUGAAAACACUCAAGGUGGGCGACUGGGUGAUUCCAAGAGAUGCCGGCAUAGGAACGUGGAGAACAGCAGCUGUUUUGAAGGCUGAUGAUCUGGUGACUUUGCCUAAAGACAUUCCAGUACUGUCUGCUGCCACUUUGGGAGUCAAUCCAUGUACAGCUUUUAGGAUGCUCACAGACUUUGAGGAGCUUCAACCAGGAGACACGGUCAUCCAGAAUUCAGCUAACAGUGGCGUCGGACAGGCUGUUAUCCAGAUUGCUGCUGCUAAGGGCAUCCAAACCAUCAAUGUCGUCAGAGACAGGCCUGACCUGCAGCAGCUCUCUGACAGACUUACAGCACUGGGUGCUACACACGUCAUCACAGAGGAGACAUUAAGACAACCAGAAAUGAAGGAGCUUUUCAAAUCGUGUCCUCGACCUAAACUGGCUCUUAAUGGAGUUGGAGGAAAGAGCGCCACAGAGCUGUUACGUCAUUUACGAAGUGGAGGGAGCAUGGUGACCUACGGUGGGAUGGCCAAACAACCAGUCACUGUUCCAGUGAGCGCACUGAUCUUCAAAGACGUGAAAAUAAGAGGUUUUUGGGUGACCCAGUGGAAGAGAGACAACAAACAUGAUGAAGACGCCUUACGUAACAUGCUAGAUGAACUCUGCGUCCUGAUUCGUGCUGGGAAGCUGUCGGCUCCAGCUUGCACCGAAGUGAGCCUUCAAGACUUCAGAAAAGCCCUGGAGAACGCCAUGAAGCCAUAUGUGUCCACCAAACAAGUUUUUGUCAUGUGACCCCGUUUGUGUCUCGCAUGUUCUCACAUGUGUUUGUUAAGAUCUGUGUAAUCUUAAAUCAAGCCCAAACACACAUACAAUAUGUGUGACAUCAAAGUCCAGUGAGCUUUAUCAGCUUCACUACGGGGUUUGCCUUUGGUUUUGAAUGCAUUGCAAUUGAUUAUAUUCUUAGUAUUUAUGAGCAUCAUAAGGAUUAUCAGUCCAUCAGACGUCAGUCUGUUUAUUGUGACUGCAUACAGAUAACCGGAUAACGUACAGAGAGUAUGAGUUUGACUAGUUGCCAGGAAAGACUGAGCAUUUAUUUUAUUUUAAGCAUCUUCAAAUAACAUUUUAAGAGUCAAGCAUGUAAAAAGACAGAUUCAGGUUCAUAUUAAAGACAGACAUUCGUGUCAUUUAUAAAACCCCUGUAAAUGAAUAAUGAGAAAUGACAUUUAAAAAGACAAACAACAUUUAUUACAACAGUAAUAAAUUGUGACAGUUAAUGAAUAAAAAAGGUUUGCUAAAACUCAUUGUUCUCUUGGCUUUUAUGACAAAAAAAAGUAUUGAACAGAUGAAAGCAGUUUCACUUUGAAAGUGACUUUAUCGAUGGAGUAACUACUAGUUAUGACUAGCUGUUUCCAUCUACAUAUUUUUAUGCACAUUUGGGGAUAUUAAACACUGAAUUGUAAAAUGUGCAUAAAAAAAUGUGCAAUUGAAGAUUACCAGUGUUUAAUCCAGUAAAAAAACAAACAUAUAAACUACGGAAAACCCAUUUGCCAAAUAAUUCCUUGGAUCUGCAUCAAAAACUCACAUGACUUUACCUAAACAGGUAAUGCGAUUAGAUAACUGAACUAACCAGUGGGCCGAUCUCAUUGCACAACUCUAAUAUUGUUUCAGUCAUUUUGAAAUGCCUGAACCAAAGUCUGCCAUCAAAUGAUUAGGUAUAAUCACCUCACAGAAAUCUCAGAAGAUUGCGUCAGGCAUCCGAACACAAGAUAACGUGACAGCGUUUGUUAUUGUGCUUCAUCUGUGCUCUCUGAGGCGCAAGUCAUUUAUUAUGUAGGAAAAGAGUCACAGACUUCCCCGGUUGCAGCAACUUUAUUUUAUCCGGUUAUUAUUUUAUUACUGAUACUUUUCACCUGUUUCCAAGAAAGCAAUGCCGUUCGCUUGAACACAUGGGAUGGCAAUUGUUUUAUUAGAUAUUCCCAACUUUAGAUGUCUACUGUACUGUGUUGUUGGUUGAGUGAGUGUUCCUACUGCUGGCCUAGCUUUUGAAAAUAGUAUUGCAAAGUAAAAUUAGACAUCAUUACGCUCUAUGACAUAAAAAUGUACCUUAUGUAAACAAUGGUUUAAGAUUAAAAGGCUGUGAUUA